UGUUCACACGGAGGUUGUCCUGUGCAGGCAGCUGAGGUUUGCGGGGCUGUGCCGACCUGGAGUGCGCAGACACGGUUGUCGAGGUUGUCUAGAGUGAUCGGAGUGAAGGUGAAUUUGAUGUGAGCACACCACUGGGGAAGAUGUCCCAGCAGCAGCGGGUUGUGCAGCUGUCAGCGGCGUCGCUCGCCCUGGUCCUGGGCCAGGACGGGGAGAGCUCCACAGGCGCAGGGGGCAAGUGCAGUGGCUCCAGCCCCAGCGGACAAGACAUUUUCGCCGAUUUUAAAUCGCAGAAUUUGCGGAGCUUUUGGAAUAAGCGACUGGUCAGAGCCGUGGAGGAGAUUGUUUUCCAGGGGUGGUUGGAGAAUUUUGUGCUCCUGGUUCAGGGGAGCGCAAACAAUUUGGAAGUGCUGAGGGAAGCGUGGAUGCGAAGGGCUCUGAGGUCGCCGAAGGGGUUUGCCAUCCGAGCAGUGGGUGAUGUGUCUCCAGUGCACAUGUCUCCCAUCACUCAGUCCCAGUUCAUUCCUCUGUCAGAGGUGCUGUGCUGUGUCAUAUCUGACAUGAACGCUGCUCACAUUGUUGUCAACCAGGAGGCCUUGAUCAGCCACAUGAUGAAAGCACACCCAGGCAUGUCGAUUCCUACUCAAGACAUCCUCUACAGCGCACUGGGUGCCUUGAUAAAGGAGAGGAAGAUCUACCACACAGGAGAGGGAUAUUUCAUUGUCACCCCGCAGACUUACUUCAUCACAAACAGCCCGGCAAAGGACAAGCAAAGGUGGAUCACAGCAGAAACUGACCCUCCCCUCCCCCCUCCCAUCACCUACCUGGUGAGCACUGAAAGCUGUGUCGAGUCGGCUGGCGACACUGUCCCCGUGGUGGCGCACUGCAAAUCCUGCCGCUGUUUCGCCCAGCAGCCGGCCCAACCCGUGCACGACCAGCAGUCUAUCAGCGAGUGCACAGGCAGGAGCUUCAGGUGGGCGAAAGAGAGCAAGCCCACCAUCCAGCACCAGUCUACCUCCACAGCGGCGGACUACCAGCCAAGCGAGGCCAGCAAGUCGACCGCCACCCGCAGAGACAAGGAGAAAACCGGCAGGAAAUUCGGCCUCAGCCUGUUCAGGCGCAACACGGCAAAGAAGGAGAAACCCAAGAAGGAGUACGCCACGUUCUCUGCCCAGUUUCCCCCGGAGGAAUGGCCUGUCCGGGAUGAAGACGACUUGAACAACCUCCCCCGUGACCUGGAGUUAGCCAUCAUCAAGCGCAUCAACCCAGAGCUCACUGUUGACAACCUCGUGCGACACACCGUCAUGAUGAAGAAACUGGAAGAGCGAGGCAUCAACAAGGGCAUCUCCACCGAGAUACUGGGCCCCAGACAUCGGCACCACUUGAAGGGUCAUAAUAGAAGGUCUUCCUCCAAAGCUGCGCGGCUCAGGAAGAGAGGACUCCCCUCCAGAGAGAAGCACAGAACCAAAAACAAGUCCUCAGUCUCGAACACUGAGUUGGAGGGAGUGCAGGAGGCAGAAGUCAUUAAAGAAAAAGUGCCUUGUCACCUGAACCCUGAAAUGCCAGUGGACGAGCUGGAUGCCAAAAUAUAUGAGGAUCUUGUCACUGUCGAAUCGAAACAUAUUUACAAGAAGCGGAUUGAUAAUCCGUUUCAGGACAGGGCGGUGAGAGACAGCGGUCUGGAGACGGGUCCAAGGGCUCAAAAGAAGCGUGACUCAAAGGGGCAAAGGUCAGAGCGGAGGGAGCGCACUGCCCACAGGUCCAAGUCUUGGGAUUCAUCCCGGGCAAAAGCCUUGGUUGACGAAGACGGGCGAGCACCGGAUGAUAGGUCCUGUGAAAAUAUUAAACCAAAAGGUUUUAAUUAUGAUGCCGCUGUGGACACCAGUCCACAGGAGUAUGCUGGGGACUAUGGCUCAAGUUAUCCAGACAGUAGCACCCUGAGAAUAGAAGACAAGUGGAAACAGCACGUGAAGGAUGUCAAGCCCAAGGGUAGUGGUUACUAUGCCGCACAAGAAAAAGAAUCCAAGUACAAGGUUUUGCAGGAUGGGUGCAUAGAGAACAGUCUGAGCACAAAGCACCUCUCCAGGCAGACAGAGGCGGCAGAUUUACUCCCUUCCCAUUCCUUUCCACCUCAGGUCACAUACCACUGUGACACAGCCACAGUGCCGUCAUCGUGGCCCAUGCCAAACAACCAGCACCAGCUCUCUGUUGCACUGAAACAGCUGGACAGCACAGACGACAGGAAUCAGAAGCCUGAUCUCCAAACCACACAUUCACAGUUAAAUAGUGCAAAAGGUGGACUCUCAUCAAAAAGUAACGGCCAGCGGACUGCUUCAGCUCACAUGGACAGUGAGGGUUUCACAGAUGAUGACCAAGCUGUGUAUCAACAGGCAGUGGAGGAUGAUGAUGGCUGUAGUUCACUGUACCUGAAUGAGGAUUCUGAUCUGGAUAGCAAUGAAGCCUCUCGAUCCGGCACAGUGCAUUAUCAUAAGCCGUUUUCCAAGAGGGAUGACUGGAACAGUACUGGAGUGGAGGAGGGCUCUGUUGGUGCACAGCAGGAACACGCUGAGGUUUUUGGGACUCACUGUGAAGAGGAUGAUUUGAGGUGGCACGAGCCUGGUAGUCAACACCCGGCCAAGCCGAAGAAUAUCAUGCAAACAGACAACGGCCGUAGGAUGUCUCCGUUCCUUUACGAGCACCUCGAAGACGCAGUCCAGGAUGUGGAGCAAAUGGAAACCGUUGAUAGCAGCAUAUUUGACUACUGCCACACCAGUGAGGCUGACUCAGAUGCUGAAACUCUGCACAAAUCUUCAGAUGAAGGGGAUGACAAAUCUUCGCUCUGGACCUGCGACCAGCACGUGGAGGAAAGUCUCAGAAAACAGUUUGAGCAAAAGUUAGAGCUUGUUGGUACAUCACACACUACUGUUACAAGUCCGAAUGCCCAAGGAAGGCCAGUUCCUGGGGAAACUGUAGAAAAUCACAGCAUUACAGGGGACAGUGGAAUAGAUUCCCCAAGGACUCGUGUGAGCCUCGCGUCCAAUAACUCGGUGAUCCUCGAAGGGCUGAAAAGGAGGAGCUUUCUGCAGAAUCUGGAGAAGCUCCACUCAAAAAGCAACGUGAUCCGGCCUCAGAGCUCGCUCCUUCAGCUGACCCCAGUGAUGAAUGUGUAAAUCCUGGCCUGUGCAGGACUGGUUCUCAAUGAGUCUGGGUUUUCUUUCGAUCAGAAGUGUAUUGUAUAAAUGUAAAUAAGAAUAUUUUCUGUAAAUAUCCACACUUAUGAAAUACUUUUUCUGUGUACCCAAGUGGCUUUUUUUUGUAAUUUUGACGUGUAGGCAUCACUGCUGAUUUUUGGCAACAAAUACCUUUUUUUCAGAGCUGUUCUCCACUUCUUUGAAAUAAAUAUCUUUGUGCAUAGAUAAUGUUCAUGAACAUAUUUUUUCUAUACAGCCGGUGUUAUUUUUUUAUAUGUUAUAAAUAUUUUAUGAAAAAUAAUUUAAUAUCUUAUAAUGACGACUAAAUUUCUACUCCUUUGGCAUGGUAGAAGUAAAUUUGCAAGGAAUGAAACUAAAUGAGUUCUGACUGUUUUUUGAGGGGGAUGUGUGGAAAUGUGUGCUGGGUAUCACUGCAUAAAAUACAAUUAGAUUAGUUGUAAGUUUUAAUGCAUGCUGUAUGUUUUUUGUAUUAUAUCCAAGACAAAUUCACAGAGCUUUUAUGUUGCUAAAUACAGUAAUGGCACCAAUUUUUUAUAUUAUUUUUUUAUAGAAAGUCUAGUGAUAGUCAGACUUUUUCAGAUCUUCUUCAAGUCAACGUGUUUCCAGUACCUCUGUAAA